CCUCACACUGAACCAAAUCUCACCACACAGAGUCCAAAUAUACACGUUCAUUCUGAGCCAUCCAUGCCACAAGUCACCAUGGCAGCGAAUCAAAACACCUCAUCAAAAUACCAGGACAUAAUCUCCAAAAGUACUCCACUCAAAACAGGAUCUCCUGCUUGCUACAAACUGACAACAGUGACAAAGAAUUUUGACUCUUUAAAAAGAAAGACUCUAGGUGAAAAAAACCUGAACAAGACAAACAAAACCAUCUUACUUGUAGGUGAAACAGGAACAGGAAAAUCUACUCUGAUCAACGCUCUGGUCAACUACACCAUGGGAGUGAAGUUUGAGGACAACAUCUGGUUUGAGAUCGUAGAGAGAGAGGAGAAAAGUCAGUCAGAGAGUCAGACAUCAGAUGUGAUCGUGUACGAGAUCUUUGGUUAUGAAGAUAAAACUCUGCCCUACUCUCUGACCAUCAUCGAUACUCCUGGAUUCGGAAGCACAGAAGGGAUUGAAAAAGAUCUCAUCAUCAGUCAAAGAUUAUUUGACUUGUUCCGCUCAUACGAUGGAGUUCAUGAACUUUCUGCAGUGGGUCUGGUGCUGAAGGCGACUGAGAAUCGAGUGAUUGAUCGUAUGAGGUACAUCUUUGAUUCAGUGACGUCUCUGUUUGGGAAAGAUCUGGAGAAAAGUAUUGUUGCUCUCAUCACAUAUUCAAAUGGAAGACUACCUAAAAAUGCUCUGAAAGCUCUUGAAGCUGCAAACAUUAAAUGUGCCAAAAAUGAGAAGGACCAACCUGUUCACUUCCUGUUUGAUAACUGCCAGAAUGAAGACCGAAUAGAGGACAUAGAAGACUUGAAACAUGCUGAAAAAAAUACAAUGAAAGGAAUGAAUCAGUUCAGUGUCUUUCUAGAAAAAACUGCAUCUCAAAAACUGAGUAAGACCAUGGAUGUUAUGAACUCACGGGUCAGACUGACAGCCUGCAUCCAAAACCUGCAAGAAAGAAUCCAGCUGAUUGAACUGAAACAGAGAGUGAUCCAACAGACUGAAGAAGCUCUGAAGAAACAUGAAGAAGAGAUGAAGAAGAAUGAGAAGUUCACUGUAGAAGUUGAUGAGGUUGAGGAGAUUAAAGAAAAGAUUGACGCUUGGUGGGACUAUAAAGCUGUCACCUGUAACAAAUGUAAAGAGAACUGUCACUAUCCUGGAUGCACAAAGGCCUGGAGUCCAAAACACUGUGAGGUCAUGAAAGGAGGUCGCUGCACUUCAUGUACAGGGAAGUGUCCUGCAUCAGAUCAUGUGAAAGAAAACUGGAGAUAUGUGAACAAGACCAGGAAAGUUAAGAAGACCAAACAAGAUAUGAAAAAAAAGUAUGAAGAGAACAAAGUAGAAAAUGAGAUGAAGAAGAGCCUGAUGGAACAUCUUCAAACAGAGAUGGAAAAACUGAAAGCAGAGGAGAUAAAGUGGCUGGAUGAGUCCUACCAACAUGUUGUUAAUCUGGAGAAGAUCGCCCUGAAUGUUAAUUCACUGUCCACUCAUGUCCACUUGGACUUCCUGAUUGAGAAGAUGAAGGAGAGAAGAGACACAGAGAAGGUGAAGAAGCUGGAGGAGAUGAAGAGUCACGGAUGAAGGAACCAGAGCAGGGCUGCAGUACAUG